ACUAACACCGUCAAUUAAUCUUCAACCAAAAAUGGCUUCAAAAGGUGUGCUUCUUGUCCUCGCCUGUUUUCUUCUCAUCAACACCAAGGUUUCAUCAGAUGAGGAAAACAGAUUCCUUAGUGAGGUGAAUAAUGCUUACAACAAGCCACCGCCACCGCCACCGCCACCCCUGCCUCCGGUAGUCAAGGUGACCCCACCACCACCAUCUCCGUGCCCACCCCCUCCUCCGGUAGCCAAGGCAUCCCCACCACCGCCACUACCUCCACCUCCACCAUCGCCACCAAGGAACACCAAAGAGUGUGCUCCAUUGUGUGUGGUUCGGUGCAAGAACCAUUCGAGGAAGAACAUAUGCCUGAGGGCGUGCGUAACAUGCUGCGCUAGAUGCAAGUGUGUUCCACCGGGGCAGUAUGGAAACAGAGAGAAAUGCGGCAAAUGCUACGCCAACAUGACCACCCGCGGCGGCAAGCUCAAGUGUCCUUAAUUCAGCACAAUCUGCAAAUUUUCUUCACUCCAAAACCAAGAUAAAUUAUGAGAUUUGCUCUACCUUAUGUUAUAUUGAUGGAGUGAUUAAUAAAUAGUAGCAAAAUGGAACUAGAAAGUUUGUUGAUUCUGCCAAAUCUAUGAACUCGAAUAUAUGUCUGUUUUCGCA